ACAAACAAUCUUCACAGAGUUUGGAAAUUUGCAAAUAAUUUUGAUAAAAAUUAUGUUUUCUCUACCAAAUUCUAGUUUAAUUAAUGCAAAAAUUGCCCAAUUUUAUAAAAGUAAUAUUGCUAAGGAUAUAGAUAAUGUUUCUAUCUAUUACCAUGAUAAUGGUGCCCUUAAUUCGCAAAAUAUUGUGGAAUAUUUGUGGCCAAAUCAAGAAGUGAAAGAUGUUUUUAAAGUUCUGGAAACAUACGAAUAUGAAGACUACUUCAUAAUAUGCAAUAAAAUGUUACCAAUUUUUCAAUACAACAAACAACUCUUAAACAAUUUAGAUAAACAUUUUGAAAAUGUUUUUAAAAUUAGUUGGAUGGGUAAAAAUGUGAAACAUUACUUGGAUAUGAGAAGCAGCUAUUAUAACAAUAAUACAACAGAAACUGUGGAACAUGUCUUACUUUUAACCUCAAUACUGGCAAAUGCUAUAACUAAUGUAUACUUGACACAAAACCAAGGGAAACAUGCACCGCAUUUAUUAAAAGAUUUAAUAAAUUCUAAGGAAAUAAUAGAAGUUUUUGGUUUGGAAAUGGUUUUAAUUUUAAAAAUCCUAAUGGGUUCUCCAAAUUCUAUUAAUCUGCGUAAUAUUGUUUGGCAUGGUUUUCCAAAACCUACAGAAAUUCCUAAUUACUAUGUUAAUGUAUUGCUAAUAUUAAUACAUUCGUUGGGCUGUCUAAUAGAAACGAAAAAUUUGAUAAUAAAAGAAAGAUUUCAAAUUACAACAUUUAAUGAACACAUCAAACUUAUUACAGAAAACUAUAAAUUUAAACAUUUAGAUCUGGAAAAUCUACAGCAACAUGUUAAAGAACUUAAUAAUGAUUUUAAAUCAUAUUGGUUGCAGUUAAUAUCUCACUAUAAAUCACAAAAGUAUAAAGAAUUUAUUAUACUAGUACUGCCACAAAUUGAAUUAUUACUGAGAUUACAUUAUGGUCAAGUGAAUAAUUUUGACGUUAGCGCUAAAUUGGAUGAAUAUUAUAUAACUAUGGAUACCAUAUUCGAAACUGAAGUAAUAAAUGCCGAAGAACAACAUGUAUCCCUUAAUAAAUUACUAGAUUUUGAAAACUCCUUUUUCGAGGGAUGUUUUCAUAUAUUAUAUGAUAUUUUUAUUUCUCCAAAUGGUUGUCGUUUACGGGACAAAGUUAGUCAUGGUGAAGUUUGUCUAGAGGCUUUAGAUAAUUCAGAAUUAUGUUUAUUAAUACUUCAUAUAUUCGUUUCAUUAUUAUUUCCUCUAAAUUAUCGAUUAUUUGAUAAUUAUGAAAGUAAUUUACAUAUAAAUUGUUUAACUAAAGUUAAAUUAACAAAAUGUUUAAAACAAUUAAAAGCUUUUUAUGAAAACCAUUUACUAAAUAAAGAAUUACCUUUAAUUUCGCUGGCGUUUCAACAUCACAAGAUUUUAAUAUUUAAAAGACCUAAAAAAGAAAAUGAAUUAGUGUUAAUAAUAAAUAAAAUAGCAGAAAAUAUUCUUAAAACUAUAUUAAAUUAUGACGAGUCUAUAGCUGUAAGAAAAAAUCUUUUGGACCAACGUGAACUACAUUCUAAACGACGUAAAACUUUAGAAAAAAUGCAAAUGGCUUUACCUGACAUAUUUGAAACGUUAACUUUAAUGUUGUCUUCUAUUAGUAAAAUUUAUUGUUUAUUACAAAAUAAUUACACAGUAAUUUUAAAGGAGGCAUUUAUAUGCGAUAAAACUUUAAGAUUUUUAAAACACUGUUUAACUAUAAGCGAAAAUUUUGUUAAAUAUUCUCACUGUGAAAGUAAUGAAUGGAUUAAAUCUUUGGAAUUAUGUCGUAAAUAUGAUGAUUUUCAUAAGAAAUUAUUUUUAUAUGAAGAGUGAAAUUGGGGGACAAAGGUAAAAUUUUAUU